AUGAAGAGACUGCUGACACUUCUGUGCUCGGUCGCACAAAUCUUUCUGGUCGGUGCUGACUGCGCGGCUGGCGACGCCACCAACACUCAGGAGCACUGCGUUCAUCUCGAGGCCACCAAAUCGUCUGUCUUUUUCAAACCGUCUCUUUGCUAUGAAUUCUGAGUCUUAGAUCUUGGCAGGACGCAGAGAGUUUUUGCACCUCCCGAGGCGGCCACCUGACCUCGGUCCAUAAUGCUUUCGACAUGACACUUUUACGCCGUACUUCUCCUAGAAAGAUUUCAUAAUUUCUUCUCUUCUAAGAGGUGGCAAGCGAUUCUUGUUCCAAUUUCUGGACCGGCGGAACUUUUGACGGCUCCAAGUGUCUAUGGAGCGACGGUAGCGAGUGCAAGUAUACUAACUGGAAAUCAGGUUUUCGAAAUUUCGACAUUUUUUUUUUUGAUUCAUGGAAUUUGUAUAUUGAAAAAUUCACAGGGCAACCGGAUCCUUCGAACAAGUGCGUGAGUGCGGAUGUUAAAUCAGGUCGAAUAGUUUUACUUUUCUUUUCUCUACUGGUUUAGAGCAAUUUUUAUCUCUAGGCUUGUGGGUCACAGAAAACUGCAACGAUGAGUUAUGUUUUAUCUGUGAGACAGCUGCUGUGAUGAGCGAUUGUUUGGACUGGUACAAGGCCGGAUUCAAAGAGUUUUUUUUUUCAGUAGUAGCCAGAAAUCAGUGUUACUUUCUAGCGAUGGACAGUACUCGAUUUUUCUGGGAGGUAAUAACUACGACGUCUACUGUGACAUGACGACGUACGACGGUGGCUGGACAGUUUUCCAGAAGUCAGAGUUUUGCAGGAAAAGCUUCUGUUUUUGCAUAUUUACGCAACGAAAGGAACAGAAAAGAGAGAACAAUCCGAAAUAAUAUUACAGUUCUCAUGUAUGUAGUUUGAUCAAAAUUAUGUAUAUAAUUUACUUACUACAAAAUUGAACAUUUUUGGGAUAAAAACCUUGUGUCGGUAGCUUCUAGUUGAAAGUAUUAAGGGUGGGAUUGUUAGUUUAAAAAAACUCAAAAAGAAGGUUCUUUUUGUUCAGACGAUCAGACGGUUCAACGGCGUUUUGGAACAAAACAUGGAGCGAGUAUAAAAACGGUUUCGGCAACGGCCUAACUCCCGUGAGCUUUACAGUUUUUCAAAAUAUUUUGCAUCACUCACAAAUGAAAGUCAGGAAAUACGUUUUUGGAAACAGUAUUCUGUGUUAAGACGGGCAAUUAUUGGCUGGGCAACGAUGCGCUCCACCUCCUGACUUCCAAAGAUCCCAACGUGACUCUCAGAGUCGAAAUGCACGGAGACGGAACUCCUGGCACCGUUAAUCCCGAUGGAUACUGGUGGAAUCACUAUUUUGAGUUCCUGGUCAGUUAGUUCCGUCCAUCUGAAAACUUCGCGUUUUUUUCUGAUCGGCGCAGAAGCGGACAAUUAUCCUUUUCGAGUCAAUCUCAACUGGCAAAACAUCAUCGGAAACGCCUCUACUGGAUGGCAAGUUCGAUUCUGAACGGAAUGAAACUUUUUGUUGACUUUGAAGGUAUGACAUCACUUGUUCCAACGGUGCUCCGUUUUCCACUGUCGAUCGCAUCAACGACCCUUACAAAGACUGUGUGACAAAGUUCCAGCUGGGGUGAUCUUUUAGCAUUUUCAAAAUCACAUUGUGAAAUCACGUUAUGAAUGAGUUACGUGAAAAAAGAAAGGCCGAUUAUUUUCCGAAUGGUCCCUGAAGCACCCUUGAAACGUUUUUCCAUUCUUUUUGAAUUUGCUUCGGGAGGUUUUCGAGACCGAGGAUGGAAGAAAGGAGUAGCAGCCAAAAAAAAAGAUGCAUAAAAAACACUUUGGAAAGGUUCACAUGAACCAACUAGCGGAAAGACUGGAAGGUCAGAAAAGAAAAAUGGCAUUUUUAAGGGUUUAUAAAAUGGCAGUAGGCAGAAAAUAUUUUCUACGUUUUUGCGUUUUAUUGGAAAAUUUUAGGAAGACUAUGAAGACCUGUACUUUUAAGAAGUUGCUUUUCUUGAUUAGUCAAAGAGAAAAAAAAAUUUUAAAGGCUGAUCUAAUUUUGGAGAGUUAGGACAUGAAUUUUUUUUUCUUUUUUUGGUUAGCACUAAAAAAAUUCAGCUUUCAGUCAUUGAUAAUGAAAUUUAGCUACCGAUUUGCAUUAUAUUUUGUUUUUCACCCUGAAUAUCAGUUCAUCUGGAGUGUUCAAAAAUCUUCUCUUGAAACCUUUUUUGUCUUUUUGAAGCAAGAACCUUUUCCGCUGAGAAAGAAGAAAUUUGAACGGAUUCUCUUUUUUGCUCUACUUCGAAAGAAGGAUCCAACUUUGCUCGAGUUUCACAGAAGGUCAGAGGAAGAUCACUAUUCGAUUGAUUUACAGUGGAUGGUGGCUUCACAACUGCGCGAUGGCAAGUCUCAACGGAGCUUAUACGCCGACAGAUUGGAACAACGGCUACGGUGAUAUCAAUAAUCUGCUAAGACUGAGUGACAGAAUCUUCAGGGAUCUUCUGGAUCAUUGACGGCUCUGAGAGCGUAAUCCAUCCCCGUAAAACGACAAUGAUGCUACGGAGAAACGAAUAAAGAGCACAUACUCGCAGUUGUUCCAGGCGUUUUGCUGAGCAGUCGGCAGCUCGUUGAGGGCGUGUCCGAGGCCCCAGAUGAGCGUGAACAGGUUGACGCGAUCCGCAGCCGUUCCGUUCCACAUGUUACAUCUCUUUCUGACCAAGAGCCGCUUGGCACUUUCUAA